GCUAUGGCGUGCUGGAUCCUACCGCUGCUCUCGGGGGCCUUGGUCCUGACCCAGACCCGCGCGGGUUCCCACUCCCUGCGGUAUUUCCUCACCGCUGUGUCCCGGCCUGGUCAAGGGGAGCCGCGCUUCAUCGGCGUUGGCUACAUGGACGACCUGCAGUUGGGACGGUUCGACAGCGACGCCCCAAAUCCGAAAGCGGAGUCGCGGUUACCUUGGAUGGAGCGGAUGGAGCCGGGAUUUUGGGAGGAGCAGACAUGGGUCGCCAAACACCACGUACAGACUUACCGAGAGUACCUGGAACUCCUGCGUGGAUACUACAACCUGAGCGAGACCGAGUCUCACACCUACCAGGGUAUGUAUGGUUGCGAUGUGGAUCCGGAUCGCCGCCUCCUCCGUGCGUACAAUCAGCGAGCUUACGAUGGUGCCGAUUACAUCGCCCUGAAUGAGGACCUGCGUACCUGGACGGCGGCGGACACAGCCGCUCAGAUCACCAAGCGCAAAUGGGAGGAGACCGGUUUGGCGGAUCUCUACAAGGCUUACUACGUGGAGGACAGGUUCCUUGACUGGAUUCGUAGAUGUCUGGAGAUGGGAAAGGAGACACUUUUGCGCACAGACCCUCCAAAGACACAUGUUACUCACCACCCCAUCUCUGACCGUGAGGUCACACUGAGGUGCUGGGCCCUGGGCUUCUACCCUUCUGCUAUUACCCUUACCUGGCACCUGGAUGGAGAGGAACAGACCCAGGACACAGAGCUUGUGGAGACCAGGCCAUCAGGGGAUGGGACCUUCCAGAAGUGGGCAGCUGUGGUGGUUCCUGCUGGAAAGGAAGAGAGAUACACAUGCCAUGUGCAGCACGAGGGGCUCUCUGAGCCCCGCAUUCUAAGAUGGAAACUGUCUUCUCAGCCUUCCACCCCUAUGAAGGAAGUCAUUUCUAUCCCGGUUGUCAUGGGAAUUGUGGUCACUGUAAUUAUCAUUGGAGCUGUGAUUUGGAGGAAGAAGAGCUCAGAUCCUGUUUUUGUUCAUCUCCAGAUAUUGACAAUGCCUAGGGCUCUGAUACGUCUCUCAUUGCUUCUAAAGGCUGCUGCCCACCCUCGCUCACUCAAGCUCUCCAACCACCGCCCGUUGCCCUCCUUUGGUUCUCUUAUUAGUCUGCUGCCACCUCUUCAGCAACCCGCUGCCAUUUCGAGCUUGGGACUCUCGGAGUGGCCGUCCAUGAGCUUGUGGCAAGAUCUGUUUGCUCUCAUAGUCUUCAGCAAGGAUCAGUUCCCAGAGGUGUAUGUGCCCACAGUGUUUAAGAACUAUGUGGCAGAUAUUGAAGUGGAUGGAAAGCAGCUUUAUAUAGAUUUUUUUCCCGGGAUCUUUAUGAUGUUUGCCUUUGGUUUUCAGUCUUGA